CCAAAUUUAGAUCUAGACUCCCUAAAUCUAGGUCUAGAUCUCACUGAUCAAAGUCCGUAAACUCGGAUAAAUCAUUUCAACUUAGGACUUAGAUCUGUCUCUUGAGUCUAGAUCUAUAAUCUAUAUCUAGAUCUACAUUGACUACAUCUAUGAUCUAGUGACCUAGCCUAGUCUUAUCUCUAGACAGUCUAGAUACUAGAUCUAGAGUCUAGUAGUAGAUUAGUAUAUUACUAAUUACUAAUAUUAGUAGAUAGAAUCUACUAGUCACUAGUCUAGAUUCUAGAUCUAGAUUUAAAUUCUAGAUCUAGUCAAUUCUAGUCUAUAGUGCUAUAGAUCUAGAAGUCUAGAUUAGAUCUUAAGUCUUAAUAUUAUCAAAUCUCUUGACUUUGACUAUUAGAUCAGUAUCAGUUUGAGUUUAUCAGUGUCACUUGUCAGUGACUUGUCACUAGAGUUAGACUCUAUCAGUAUCAGUAUCACUCUACUCUAUCAAUUCUAUGUCUAUCACUAGAGUAGUCUAUAUUUGAAUAUUGACUCUAGAUUCUAGAUCUAUCUCAUAGUAUGAUAGUAUCUGAGGCGACUAUCUGUCUAUUCUAAUUCUGUCUAUCUGAAGUAUUCUAAAGAUCUACUCUAAAGUUAAAAGUCUAGAUUUAUAUAGAUCUAGAUCUAGAAACUAAAAAAUAAAAUGUUUUUGAAACUAGAGGGUAUAAAAGGUUUAGGCCUAGGUCUAGUUUUUAAAAGAAUAGAUCCGCAUCUACAUUAUUGUUCUAGAUCUAAUAGAAGGCCUAAUUUUAUCAAUUGUACAUCUAGAUUCAAUUUUGAGUUUUCUAGAAGUCUAACAUGCAGUUCAAAUUUGCUGAACAGUUCCAAUGAUCGUGAAUAUCUUCAUGUUAGCAAGAUCCCUACCUACCACUUUCAAAAAAGUUUGCCUAAACUCCCAAUACCUGAAUUAGAAAAAUCUUGUCAAAGGUAUUUCAAUGCUCAGUUACCUUUACUGUCAGAAACUGAACAUAAAGAAGUGCAAAGGAUUGUUAAAGAUUUUCAGAAUGGAGAAGGAAGAGAGUUACAAAAAGAACUUGUUGAGAGUGAUAGAAAAAACAAAGAUUCAAAUUAUGUUUCAGAUGUUUGGUUUGAUAUGUACCUGAAAGACAGACGCUCUGUAGUUCUUACUCACAGUCCAUUUUUAACAUUUUCUGAUGACCCUCGGCCUGAAUAUAAUACACAACUGAUAAAAGCAACUAACAUGCUAAUUUCCUCUGUACGUAUGAUGAAAACCAUUAGAGAUGAAAAACUAGAACCAGAAGUCUUUCAUUUGAAUGCCGCUAAAUCUAAUACUGAAACUUUCAGAACUGUGUGUAGGCUUAUCCCAAGAUCUUUUUCUUGCUAUGGUGCUUACUUGUUUAAGGCAUUUCCUCUUGACAUGAGUCAGUACAAAAAUUUAUUCAACUCAUGUCGCAUCCCAAGAUCAGAAAAGGAUGAGCUCUUUACUGAUACUAAUGCCAAACAUAUUUUAGUAAUGAGAAAUGGUCAUUUUUAUGUUUUUGAUAUGUUGGAUAAAGAAGGCAACAUAAUUCCAGAAAAUGAGGUUUUGUCUCAUCUAAAGUUUAUCUUAGAAAAUCAAAUAAGUCCACCAGAGUUUCCAGUGUCAGCUUUAACAACAGAAAAUAGAGAUAUUUGGACUAGAGCUAGAAUACAGCUUAUAAAUGCAGAUCCCAGAAAUGAAAACAAGUUAAGGAUUAUUGAAAGUGCAAUAUUUGUCUUGUGUCUGGAUGAUGACCAACCUAAAGAUCCUAAUGAUUUGUCAAGAAAGUUUCUUUAUGGGGAUGGUAUCAACAGGUGGUUUGAUAAAAGUUUUCAGUUGAUUUUAACCAAAGAAGGCACAGCUGGUGUUAAUCUUGAACAUUCUUGGGGAGAUGGUGUGGCACUGCUUCGUUAUAUUAAAGAAGUUUUUAAAGACAGCAUACAUAAUUCAUUAGUGAACCCCAACACUACAGCAUCAAGUACAGCUAAUUCUGAUCAAAAAGUCCAAAGGCUAGAGUUGCGACUAGAUCCUUACAUUAAAGAAACAAUAACCAAAGCAAUGCAACGCUUUAAAGAAGUAACAAGUACUUUAGAUGUCCAGCAUUUGCAGUAUCAAAAGCUCAAUAAAAAAGAUAUCAAGAAUGCCAAGCUCAGUCCUGAUUCUGUCAUGCAAUUAGUGAUACAGCUGGCACACUAUCGAAUGUUUGGGAAAAAUGUUGGAACUUAUGAAUCCUGCAGUACUUCGGCAUUUAAAAAAGGAAGAACUGAAACAGUCAGACCUUGUACAAUAGCUACUGAUGCUAUGUGUAAAAUUUUAUAUUGUGGAAAUAGGAAUGGGCAAAAUAAUUUGAUGGAAGGCCUUAGACAUUGCUCAACAAUACAUAAUCAACUUACAAAAGAAGCUGCCAUGGGUCAAGGAUUUGAUCGUCAUCUUUUUUGUCUAAAAAAACUCUCAGAGCAGAAAGGUUUAUCCUUGCCUAUAUUUAGCCACCAUUCCUACAGUAAUUUGAACCAUAUUAUUCUUAGCACUUCUACACUUACAGAUCCUUCAAUUCAAUUUGGUGGUUUUGCUGCAGUAACACCAAAUGGUUUUGGAAUAGGCUAUGGUGUUGAGGACACAUUUCUAGGAUUCAAUGUGACAACAUUUCCUGCUUGCAGUGCUCAAGAUUUCAUUGAGUGUUGUGAGAGAAGUUUAGAUCAGAUUUUAGAGAUUAUCAAAGGAUAAUUGUUAUACUUGUUUUAUACAUGAUGACAUAUUUUGUUGGCUAAUGCUUAUUUCUGUUGAAAAUUGUGUGAUUUUUUCUCCUCAAAAUUCAAUGUUUCUUUAUUCACCCAUUUUUUUUUAUUUUUUGGACAUAGCAAAAGAUCAUGUUUAUCAGUUAAUUUAUUGAGAAUUGAUGAAAAGUAUUUUUUAAAUUAUUUCUUUAAUGGUAAAUUAUGUUUGUAGUAUGAAUGAGUUAUUGUUAUGUAGUAUUUUUACAAGCAUUUUAAAGUUUAAGGUAAAUAAGACUUAAUUAAUCUAUUGGCAUUUGCUGAGUUGCAAAGGUAUAAUGCAAUGCCUGCAGUCCUAGUGCAGUUCUCAUAAUGAUCCUAACUCAAACUGUACAUCUGGUUUACCCAAUGACUUUGGAUAAGGUAAGAAAGAUUGCAAAUAUUCUUACCUGCACAAUAAAUUGGUGUUUUUUUUUUGUUAAACCACUUGAAAAAGUUUACAGUUAAAUUAUUUGAACUGAAGUUCUAAAAUGUAUUAUGUACAAAUUUGUACAAAUGAUCCUUCUUACCUAGUGCUAUUAGAGCAUGGAAUGGGUUGCCAGAGUCAGCCAGGAAAACCAGUGACUUGGCAGAAUUUAAGUCAUUGAUUAACAUGCAUGACUAAACGCCUAUGAUGUAAUCAUGUCCUUUUUUGAAGUAACGUCUGUAUUUUAUAAGAUAAGAUACUGCAAUGCUAUGUGUUGUAACAUGUUGUUUCCUUCUUGCUAUCUUUCAAUCUCAAUGUAAUUCUCACAUUACCAUGAUAAUAAUGCAUCAUUUAUUUUAAAAGAGUUCUUGUUAUACAGUCUGCCUUAGUGAUUUUGGCUAUAUCCUAAUUGUAUUAUUUUAUUGUAUGCCUUUACUUAUAUAAUUAAAAUUCAUUGGGAAAAUGUGA